AAGAAGAAGAAGAAGAAGAAGAGAGUGCUGAACCUUCUCGGCUUCUCAUCAGAGUGGAUGAAAGAAGUCGAACUACGCUGCUCGUGCCAAACGGCACAGAAACCCUCGUGAUCUCUACAGCAAGGAAGAAAUCUGGCAUUUCCUGCCUUUUCAUUAAGAGCAAUACUCUCCAGUUCGGUUUUGCAAUUGCGCCAAACAGUUUUUAUUAUAUUCGUAAAUGCUCUGUUUGGUCAUCCCAAAUGAAGUGUAAACAGAAUGGACGCUGUUCCUUGCAAGCACAUUUGUUUACAUAAAGAACAAAAAAAAAGUUAGGAUAAUUUAGCACAAAACAGAGGAAGGGAGGUUAGAAGCGUGUGUGUGCGUGUGUGUGUGUGCGUGUGUAGAAGUGAGACCAGCCAGCCAAGCUGUUAAACAUUUGAUUUGGAUUACAAAAACAACGCAAGACAACUUUGUAUCUGGAGCGCACACAGGAAACAGAAGAAAAAUCCUUAAGGAGGAGGGUGUGCUUCAUCAGGGCAUGUUGGCUACACCGACUUAUGACUGCAUUGGAUUUGGCAGGAUGUUCAGCUGCAAUAAUUGGGACAAGCCCCUGUAAUAGCCAUGGCAAAUUGACGGGAAGCAGCAGAUUACUGGGUGGGCGAAGAUGGAGCGACAGAACAGCGCAAAGAGUCGGAAGUCGAAAACCCUGCGCUCCAUUUCACGCUCCCUCAUCCUCUGCAAUGGCAAGAACAGCGACGACGGAUCGAGCCCGGAGGAGAAGUACCCCAAUCCCUUCGAAACGCAGACCAACUGGGGUCAAGAGGAAAGCGACUACUGCCCUCGGCUUCAAUUAACGUGUGCAUCGUCAAGCGAGGACAGCCCUCCUGAUCCUUUUAUGAUCACCAGCAUGAUGCAACUGAGGGCUGCGGCCAGCGAUGGCUGCAAGAAUAUGAAGAGAAAGUUCUUCAUCAAGGACAGCUGCAUUUGGAAGCUCUGCAUAGCCACGGGUACCGAUGGGCUGGGAAUUCAAGUCUCCAGGACUCCCAACUGCUCUGCUUUUGGAAAAGAAUUCACCGUUAGCCAUGUGAUUGACGGAGGAGCUGCCCAGAGGGAUGGCCGUCUAAGCCCUGGCGACGAACUUCUCACUGUCAACGGACAAUCUCUUAAGGAGCUCUCCAGCAAAGAAGCGGAAUCGCUCAUCCGGUCGGCAAAAGGCUUGGUAAACUUAGUCAUUGCUAACAAGGAAUCCUCAGUUUGUUCUCGCAAAGAACAGCCUGUUAAACAGGACGUACACAACGGCUCCAUUCUACAGACAAAAGCAAAAUGUCAGAGGACUCGCAGCAAUUCAGCCAGUGUGAGUCCAUACUGGAUAGGGGAAAUUGACAGCCCCAUGGCAAAGAAAUCAGCCUCCCGAUACAGACAGUCCCAUUCUCUUUACAGCAACAGGAAGUCUCUCUCUCAGCAGCUGGACACCUCAGCAGGAAGAGCCUCUGUAAAUCCCCUUUCCAGGUCUUCGCGGUCGCUGAGUACAGCCCAGCUGAUGCAUGCGACGUGUGGUCUUCAGCCUCUGUAA